AUGUGGCUGCUCAACGUUGCCACGCUGGAGCUGGAGGCAUUUUUCGGGGACGACAGGCCAGAGUAUGUGAUCCUCUCGCACACCUGGGAGGACGACGAGGUGCUCUUCCAAGACAUGGCCUCGCCGUCACGGGCGCAGAAGAAGAAGGGCUGGGUGAAGAUUGAUCAGACAUGCAAGCGAGCGGCAGAGGCAGGCUACACACACGCGUGGAUUGACACCUGCUGCAUCGACAAGCGCAGCAGCGCGGAGCUGAGCGAGGCCAUCAACAGCAUGUUCCAGUGGUACUGGGCUGCGGCAGAAUGCUGGGCGUAUCUCGCUGAUUUCGCACUGCCGGAGGGCUGGCAGCCGCCGCGGACGUUCCAGACCAAUAUGAGCGCGACAAAGUGGUUUAGGCGCGGAUGGACGCUGCAGGAGCUGAUUGCGCCGCAGCGGGUGACGUUUUGGAGCAGGGACUGGGUGGUGUUUGGCACGCGCACGAUGCUAGGCCGGGCGAUAUAUGAGAGGACGAAUAUCCCGGAGGAGGCGCGGGAUCGGCUGCAGACGUAUAGUAUCGCGGAACGCAUGGGGUGGGCGGCGAGGCGGAAGACGACACGGGUGGAGGACCAGGCGUACUGUCUGCUUGGUAUCUUCGACAUCAACAUGCCGCUGCUGUAUGGGGAGGGCAAGAAAGCGUUCCGCCGGUUGCAGGAGGAGAUUAUCAAGUCCAGCCUCGACCACUCUAUCUUUGCGUGGGGC